AUUUUAUUUAUUUAUUUAUUAUUAUUUAUUCGUUUCUCCCUAUUUUUUUUAAAAAAAAGAAAAAUGACUUAUUUUGAUAACCUUCAAAGAAACUAUACUGAUGUACCUAUUACGGAAGACGGUAUUGAAACUAUACCUUUUAUUGAAGCAACCAAUGGACUUGUAAAAUUGUUUGACUUGCUUGGUUCGAAAGCAUUUAAUGUCGUUCAAAGUGAUAUGAAUGGAAACAUUGAGAAAAUUAAGAACCGCUAUGAAGCUGAUCCAACAAAGAGCCCUACUCUUGAAAAGUUGGUGAUUAACGAACAAGGUGAAAAGAAACGUACCGCUACUGAGGGUUUAUUGUGGUUGAAAAGAGGAUUGGAAUUUACUUCAGUAGCAUUAAGGCGUUCCAUUAAUGAUGAAAAUGAAGAACUUACGGUUUCUUUUACUGAGGCUUAUGGUGUUACUUUGAGACCAUUUCAUUCCAUGCUCGUCCGACCUAUAUUUGGAUUGGCAAUGAAAGCUUGUCCUUAUCGUAAAGAUUUUUUUGAAAAAUUGGGUGAUGAUCAAGAAAAAGUUAAACAACAAUAUGAAGAAUGGUUAUUAGCUUUUGAAAAGGUUGUUCAAAGAUUAAAUAACUUUUAUACUGAAGGUGGUUAUGAUAAAGGUAAAUUUUAAUAAUAGAUAAUAAUAUACAUUUGUUGAUUUUUUUAAAAAAUUUUAAUAAAAUAAAGGAAGAUGGAAAUUAUAAUUUUGAAACU